GCCAAAAUUGUGCUUGACAAGAAACUCUCCCAUGUUACCUUUGCCGUCUCCCAAGCAACUAAAGAGGGGGAGAGAGAUUCCUCCAGCUAAAAAGAAGAGAGCAUUGAUGUGUCUCUUUCUUGAAUACUUACCUCCCUUAUCCACCACUCCAGCUGCAUUCCUGGAGAUGAGAGGCAAUAUAUGUGUAUAUCCAUGAUGAGCAAAAAGUGGAAACAGGGGAAGUUUCCCAAGGUAAACAGUGUGCAUUUUAACCCAGCAGGGCGGCAGCAGCACCACAACCUCCCCACCCAACAAAUCCCCUGUAUCAGCUCCCAUGAUUCUCUCCCUAUACAAUAAUAUAUCUCAUAAUCAUACCAUAAUGUGGAUACCGGUACUUAAUAAUUGGUUGAAAACAAUGCCAAGUGGCCUAGAACGAAGCGUGUCAUAGUCACCCCUCGUGGUCUAGUUACCAAAAAGUAAAUGCCCAUCACAAGAGGUUGUAUGGCAGACCCCGACCUCCCCAUGUUACAACAGUCCCGUCCCCACUUUCUACCUUUUAUAUAAUCUCACCAGUGCUUCCCCCCUUCACUCCUUCAGCAAUCCUUCCUAACCCUCUCUCGACCCAUAUCCUUUUCUUUUGCAAGCUUCCGAGGAACCCAAGUGUCAUUAGCCUUUCUUGUUUCAUCCUUGCACUAAUUCUGUUCCUUCAUCUACCCAAAAGACAGAAAAACACAAGGAAAAUGUGUAGCUCCAAUGCUAAGGUGACCACAGGUGUUGAAAUAACACCUGCGGUGGCCAGGAUCAAUGGCCGCCCCGUCCUGCAGCCUAAUUGCAAUCGUGUUCCUAGCCUUGACCGUCGAAAUUCGUUGAAAAAAAUACCACCCCUGUCCCCUCCAACGCCUCUACCACUAGCCUCAACGCCACCAGCAACAAGUGCAACUGUUGGUAAUGGUAGCAGGGCCAAGGCCUCGUUGACACCACCUAUAUCCCCAAAGUCAAAGUCCCCCCGGCCAGCUGCUAUUAAGCGAGGGAGUGAUCCCAAUGCAUUAAACACAAGUUCUGAAAAGGUUAUGACUCCUAGAAACAUCACAAAAACCUUGGAGAGGAAGAAAUCAAAAAGUUUCAAAGAGGGUAUGGGGAAUGGAUUAUCUUCUUGGAUUGAGCCAUCAUUGAGUUAUUCUUCUUCUUUGAUCGUUGAGGCGCCAGGAAGUAUUGCUGCAGUUAGGAGGGAACAGAUGGCACUUCAACAAGCACAAAGAAAGAUGAAAAUUGCCCACUAUGGAAGAUCGAAGUCAGCCAAAUUUGAAUAUAAGGUCGUUCCUCUCGAUGCUUCAAGCGCUAUGACUAAGCCUGAUGAGGAAGAGAAGAGGUGCAGUUUUAUCACGCCCAAUUCAGAUCCUGUCUAUGUGGCUUACCAUGAUGAAGAAUGGGGAGUUCCAGUCCAUGAUGACAGCAUGCUCUUCGAGUUGUUGAUUCUAAGUGGUGCUCAAGUUGGCUCAGAUUGGAUUUCAAUCUUGAAGAAACGUCAAGAUUUCAGGGACGCAUUUUCAGGUUUUGAUGCAGAAACUGUAGCCAAGUUCACUGACAAAGAAAUGACCGCAAUUAGCUCAGAAUAUGGUAUUGACAUUAGCAGAGUUCGAGGUGUUGUGGACAACUCCAACCGUAUUCUUGAGGUUAAGGGGGAGUUUGGAUCAUUUGAUAAAUACAUAUGGGGAUUUGUGAAUCACAAGCCAAUCUCCACGCAAUACAAAUUUGGUCACAAGAUCCCAGUUAAGACAUCAAAGUCAGAGAGCAUUAGCAAGGACAUGGUGAGGAGGGGGUUUAGGUGUGUUGGACCAACGGUGGUCCACUCCUUCAUGCAAGCCGCCGGUCUAACCAAUGACCACCUCAUCACAUGCCACAGGCACCUCCCUUGCACCCUGUUAGCUGCCUCACCUAUAGAUGGAUUGACAUUUAAAAGGAGACAAUGAUGAGAGGAGAUAUAUACAUAACUAAACUCAAUUGCUAACUAAAUGUUGUUCUUAUUUGGUGUGGUUAUGUACAAUAAUAGAGUACAGAUAUAGGAGGUACAAUUAAGGGGAAUUGGAAAAGGGUUGCAUUGAUUUUCUUUUUCUUUUUUUUUGGGAUUUGGGAUUUGGGAUUUGUUUUGUUUGUUUGAAAGCUUUCUAAGAGAGCGAGUGAGUGUGGUGAAAUAGAUUAUCAGAGAGAAGAAAGGUUGGGAAGGUGCUUGGGAGGCAGAGAGCAUGUGCAAAUGGGAGGCAGCGGCAUGUGUGGGGUGUCAGUCACUUUUGAAUGCUCCUCCAUGUGAUGUGAGCAAUCGCCCUUUGCAUUAUUUGGGUCUGCCUCUCCUUUUUAGCAGCCUGUGGUGGUGGGAUACUUCCUUAGGACCACCCACCAUCCCUUUCCUUUUCCAUUUGGGGUUUGAGUUGUAAUUUCCUUCCUUAUUUUUUUUUUCCCUUUAAUUUUAGUUUUCCUAACCUUUCAAGUAAGCUUUGGGAGGAAUAUUAAUGCCCCGAAUGCGUCUUGGAUUUGGUGUGAAUUUUCCAUUUUUUCUGGGUGAUGAGUUUGAUGCAUUUUUCCAUGUGAUUCUGCUCUGUUUGCUAGUAAGUACACCUUUUAAAAUGUUUAACUUGACAAGAUAAGUACCUUCCCCA